AACCAGCCCAGACGAAUGUUGAUCCAGUCUGCACUUCAAAACUUCCAAGGAUGGAAAUUCCAGAGCCUCUCUCAAUAUGUCACCUGGGACCUAAAGGUAACUGGCAACAGUUUCUCCUGCACAAGAGGAGGGAAAAAAAGCCUUGUUCCAGAGCCAGCCCUCAGGAUGUGGACAGUGGUUGUAUUUGUCCUGUUGAUUUGCUUGUGCAUAUCUGAAAACAGAAUUUCCAUCUUAAAGGAGCGAGGGGCCCGGGUAAUACAGAUAAACAAACUGAGCAGUGAAAAGCAGUGCAGACAAGCUUGCAAAAGCCUAUCUGUUUCAGGUCAUCACAGCUGCAACUGGUCCGUGUUCUACCAGAACCGUUGUGUCCUCUUACAUUGUCGCCACUUGGGUGUGUGUCAGAAUGCCAGAGCACAAGACAUUAAAGAUCUCCUUGGAGAAUUCAUCCUUAAGAAAAGAUCACUGGAACCAAAUCAAACUACAGAUGCAAAACAAACAGCGGUGACAAACAUCACAAAUAAUGACUCAGAGGUUGAAAGCAACACACCAGCACCAUCAACUCUAGAAAUGACUACAAGAGGGACCAGAACAAGCCCAAUAGUUGUAGUUGCAACCAGUACCAUGACCACCACUGCUCGUGCCACGACCACCACUGCUCCUUUGACCCCCAUGACUGCCAACACCACUGUAGCCUCAACAGGAACAACGAACAAGGUGAAAAUGUCUGCUAUUCCAGCCACAAGUAAUAAAACAUAUUUUGGAGCCUUGAAUGUCUCUGAAAAUUUCAGCGUCCUUCCCAGCACAAUACAUCCAGCUGCUACUUCUCCAAAUUCAAGUCAUGCGGCUUCUAGCUCUCAUCCCUCAACUACCUUUGGUGAGUCCAAACUUUCACCCAGUAUUUCACUGGCUAUUACCACGCCUGUUCCAGUUCUCAGCACAACAACACAACCCAGCACAACCAUUACUACAAGCAGCACUUCUACAUCUAGUAGGAGUACAACUGUUGGGGGCAAUCCAAAGACAGUAAUUUUAUCCACAGCUGCAGCCACCUCACGCCAGUAUUUGGAAGAUGGGACAGGCGUUUCCCGAGUUACUAGUCCCUCAAUACCAGUGACAGAAAUGAAUUCUUUAAACCCCAAGCUGGAGACAACCACAGCCAAAACAACCAGAGUUAAGCCAACUCCUCCUCUUCCAGUUACUACAGAGGGUGCAAAACCUUUAACUAGCCAGUUAACAACAGAAGCCACCAUUGGUUCUGGGGUGAGAACAAUAUAUACAACUGUUAUGAAUAAGCUUACAACCACAAAUGCAGCAGAUAUAGCCAGAACAACAGUCCCAGGCCUAGACAUCAGCCAACAAAGCACAGCCAGUGUGCAUCUGCCUCCAAAUGCAGCAGACGACAUCAGUUCGCUCCUGGCAGUGCUUAUGUUUGGCAUAUUGUUUUUUAUAACUGUUAUAGUUCUGUUUGCCAUUCAGGCUUAUGAAAGCUACAAGAAGAAGGACUACACGCAAGUGGACUACUUGAUCAAUGGAAUGUACGCGGACUCAGAAAUGUGAAAGGGUGGGGCAGAGACCCCAAGAGACAGGCUUCAAUGUGUAUCAUGGAGACAGAAAGCCUGUGUGGCUCAUUUUUCUUUCUCAUUUGCCUAUAAGACAAACUGAAAGUGCUUCCAAUUUUACUUCCAGUGCAAUUUAGGAAAAAUGCCAUGUACUGUAUUAAAAAAAAAAAAAGAAGAUAUUUUUCUCAACAAUAACAGAGUGCUA